AUCAUCAUCUCCUUCUCUGAAAUGAAAAAAAAAAAAAAAGAGGAAGAAAGAAAGAAAGAAAGUCUCUUUUUUGACCACCACCCCCACCUCUCUCUUUCUUCUCUUCUUCCUCCUAUCUUCUCUUCCGGUUCCCCAAAAGCCCAUUAUUAUAGUUUAUCAUAAUCAUCCUCUUUAUUUAUUCAUUAUCUAUAUAUAUAUUUUACAGAGUUUUGAUCCUUGUAGAAACUUAUUUAUAUAUAUUUAUAUAUAAGAGUAUAAAGCUAUUGGCUUUGACAUUUCUGUCUCAUGGUUGUCUUCUUUGAAUAUUUGCAAAUCAAUUAAUCAAAUGGGUGCCUGUUUUUCUACCAUUAAAGUUAGUGGUUCUAGUAGCAAUAACACCGCCACCACAACCGCCACAGUUGGCGGCCACCAUUAUCAACGGAAAGAAAUUGCCGGCAACCCACAAAGAAUAUCAACAGCAACAAAAACAAACAAGCAAACCAAGAAUAACAACAACAACAACAACGAGAACAACAACAAUGAGAGUAGACAACAAAAGCAGCAAUCACAACAACAGCAACAAAAGGUCAAAGAGAAGCAAACUUUAAGGAGACCUGGCGGAGUGAUCCCAUGCGGUAAGCGUACAGAUUUUGGGUACGCUAAAGAUUUUGAUAAAAGAUACUCCAUCGGGAAGUUAUUGGGUCAUGGUCAAUUUGGCUAUACUUAUGUUGCUACUGAUAAGGCUAACGGAGAUCGUGUUGCUGUUAAGAAGAUUGAAAAAAAUAAGAUGGUUCUGCCAAUUGCUGUUGAGGAUGUUAAACGUGAGGUCAAGAUAUUGCAGGAACUUGCUGGCCAUGAGAAUGUAGUUCACUUUUAUAAUGCAUUUGAGGAUGAUUCAUUUGUAUAUAUAGUGAUGGAGUUAUGUGAGGGUGGGGAAUUGCUGGACCGCAUAUUGUUGAAGAAGGACAGUCGUUAUACUGAGAAAGAUGCAGCAGUAAUUGUACGGCAGAUGCUCAAAGUUGCAGCUGAAUGCCAUUUACAUGGUUUGGUGCACCGUGACAUGAAACCAGAGAAUUUUCUUUUCAAGUCAACCAAGGACGACUCACCUCUUAAGGCCACAGACUUUGGCUUGUCAGACUUCAUUAAACCAGGGAAAAAGUUUCAAGAUAUUGUUGGCAGUGCCUAUUAUGUAGCCCCUGAAGUAUUGAAGCGCAGAUCUGGACCUGAAUCAGACGUCUGGAGCAUUGGUGUUAUUACCUAUAUUUUGCUAUGUGGGAGGCGCCCUUUUUGGGAUAAGACUGAGGAUGGUAUAUUUAAGGAGGUCUUAAGGAACAAACCUGAUUUCCGGCGUAAACCAUGGCCAAGCAUAAGCAGUAGUGCCAAAGAUUUCGUGAAGAAGUUACUGGUGAAGGAUCCUCGGGUCAGACUUACUGCUGCACAGGCGCUAUCACAUCCAUGGGUCAGAGAAGGAGGAAAUGCAUCUGAAAUACCUAUUGACAUAUCUGUUCUAAACAAUAUGCGGCAAUUUGUGAAGUACAGUCGUUUUAAACAGUUUGCUCUAAGGGCAUUGGCAAGCACACUUGAUGAUGAGGAGCUGUCAGAUCUUCGGGAUCAAUUUGAUGCAAUCGAUGUAGAUAAAAAUGGUUCUAUUAGUCUUGAAGAGAUGAGACAGGCACUUGCUAAAGAUCUUCCCUGGAAAUUGAAAGAGUCUCGUGUCCUUGAGAUUCUCCAGGCGAUUGACAGUAACACAGAUGGACUUGUUGAUUUCUCAGAAUUUGUUGCUGCUGCUCUACACGUGCAUCAACUAGAGGAGCAUAACUCUGAGAAGUGGCAGCAUCGAUCACAGGCUGCUUUUGAGAAAUUCGAUAUUGAUAAAGAUGGUUUUAUAACAUCAGAAGAACUUAGAAUGCACACGGGCUUGAGAGGUUCCAUUGAUCCGCUUCUUGAGGAAGCUGACAUUGAUAAAGACGGUAAAAUAAGCCUUUCAGAAUUCCGUAGACUUCUAAGAACUGCAAGUAUUAGCUCACGGAAUGCACCAAGCCCAUCCGGACAUCGGAAUUCUCGAAAGAUGUAGAGCAGAAUUUGGAGUUCCAGAAAAUCGAGACAAGUCAGAGUUGCAAAAGUCAUCUACUUUCAGAAAUUCUGCUGCAGGAUUAUACGGUGUUGUAGUCAGGGUACUCUCUUGCGAUUAGAUUACCAUCCCAUGUAUUUUCUGAACUCAAAUGUUUUCAAUGGUAGGACUAAUUCCCCAAAGGAUGUGUGCUAAGAGGAUGCGUUGUAUUAAGUGGAGAGGUGUUGGUUCGCUGUGGAGGAUGGCUGGCUGGCUCUGCGUGUGAUUGUACAUUCUUUUUGAGUGUCAGGGACUUUCUUUGUCGUGCCCAAUGAAUUGUAAUAUCUAACAGAAACCAAUAAAAUGCCAAUAAAUCUUUGGUGUUUUAGAAAUCA